AUGAUGGAUGACAACACUGAAUUGAGGACUGAUGGAAACUCACUUUUAAAGGCUGUGUGGCUGGGGAGGCUGAGGCUCACCAGACUCCUCCUGGAAGGAGGGGCCUAUAUCAAUGAAAGCAAUGACAAAGGUGAAACGGCUCUCAUGGUGGCAUGCAUCACCAAACAUGUGGAUCAGCAAAGCAUCAGCAAGUCCAAGAUGGUGAAGUACCUUCUGGACAACAGGGCAGACCCCAACAUUCAGGAUAAGUCUGGCAAAACCGCUCUCAUCCACGCCUGCAUUAGAAGAGCUGGGGGAGACGUGGUCUCCUUAUUACUGGAGAACGGCGCAGACCCUAGCCUUGAGGAUCGCACUGGGGCUUCAGCUCUGGUUUAUGCAAUAAAUGCAGAUGACAAGGAUGCAUUGAAACAUCUCCUUGACGCCUGUAAAGCCAAAGGGAAGGAGGUGAUUAUUAUCACAACCAAUAAAUCAUCUUCAGGCACCAAAACCACCAAACAGUAUCUUAACGUCCCCCCUUCACCCAAGGUGGAAGACAGACAGUCUCCGUUGUGUGUGUCUCCCUCUGACAUUGAACUGAAGGCUCCAGGUCUGGGAUCUCCACCCAGUGAGAAGGAAGAUGAUUUUUUCAGCCUCCAAACAGGGCAUCCAAGUGGUUGUAACCCCUCCAAGGCUCUCAAUGAGCCAGGGUCACCCACCAGGAAAGUCAGUAACCUCAAAAGGGCCCGUUUGCCCCAACUGAAGAGGCUCCAGUCUGAACCUUGGGGCCUGAUCGCACCCUCUGUGCUGGCAGCUUCCACGCGGCAGGAGGAGACCCAUGGCACCAGCACAGACACUGAGAUCCUCAAGAGCAUUAGUGAUGUAUCCUUUCCCAAAAGGGGGCCCCUCUCCAGAACCAACAGCAUCGAUGGCAAAGACCUUACCUUCUUCCCCACAGUCACAGAGCAAGUUCUGAAGAUUCCAGCCUCUUCAGCACCAGCAUCCUGGAAAGCAGCCUACGAGAAAGGUCAAGCCACUCACCCGCGGCUAGCCCGAAGAGGUACUCUCCCUGUUGACCAAGAGAAGAGUGGCCUGGGUCCAUCAGCCCUCAAACUGCUGGAAAAUGAUUUCUAUGAUUUAGAUUUACAGCCAGGGGCUGACCCACCCAACUCCAUUUCCCUUGAGUCAGGAAAAGGACACUUAGAUAGAAUAAAACUCAACAGCUCCCACUUGUCUCUCUUCCAUGGCUCUCGGGAGUCCCUGGAUGCCGUGCCCAGCACAUCUCCCAGCUCAGUGCGCCGCAGGCCGCCGCAUCUUCUAGAAAGACGAGGUUCUGGAACUCUGCUACUAGACCGCGUUUCUCAUACGAGGCCUGGCUUCCUUCCACCGUUAAAUGUGAAUCUGAACCCACCUAUCCUGGAUAUUAGAUCUAGCAACAAACCUUCUUCCCCAUUGGCUAGCGGCUUAAAAUCCAUGGUUCCUGUUGCUCCAAGUUCACCAAAAAGAGUUGACUUGAGAAGUAAAAAGAAGCUCCUCAGAAGGCAUUCUAUGCAAGUGGAACAGAUGAAGCAGCUCUCUGACUUUGAAGAAAUUAUGACAUAG